AUGAGUAUCAAAAGCCAGUUUCGCUGCCUUGUGGCCAUAUCUUUUGCACGGACUGUCUCAGGGACCUACAACAUAGCACCCAUAAACCCAGCCUCCAUUCCAAUGCACCUCCGGCCCUUCGUGACUCCUUGCAUCCGUCGCGUCUAUCUUGACACCCCAUCGUCAGAAGCCGGUCCCUCGACCUCACCGUCGUCGUCAUCAUCAUCGACGAGUGAUUCCUCCGGAGAGCUAGCAAGGCUCCGUGCAGAGAACCAAACUUUACGAACACAUUGCGUACUCUGGCGGCGCCGUGCCGAGCUGCAUGGAGCUGCUACAUUGGGCCUUCUCGACUUUGCGAGAAUGGUUCGCGAUCAAGCCGUAAGCCUCGCCCAAGAACGGGAUAACCUGAGAAAGGAGUGUACUUCGUUGAAGCGAAAAUUGGACAAGAGCGUGGAUCAUUCUCCUCCCCCUCAGUCUGGACCCUCGGAAUCGCCUUCGAUACCUCCAUUCACGUUCUGCUAUCCAUUCCAGCGGGAUCUGCCACCGUGUGGCUCGACAUCCUCUGUCAACCAGCACAGCACCGUCGAAAAUUCAAGGCUGGCUGCUUCCAACCUGUUCGAGCUUGAAUCGACCAUGUACCAGAAGCCGUCACUGCCCUCGACAAGGCCAGGGAGUUAUUUGCGAAAUCUACCGGAGCAUAAUCUCCCGAGCUCUUCGAAUUCCGCAUCGACUUCCUCCGGUGCUCGAUCUGGAGUGGAGCCACCAGCCAAAAGAAUGAGACACGCGAAUACCUCAAGUAUUGGUUACCCUUCGGUCCAGAUCCGUUCUUCUGGCGUCCCGGUCUCUUAUACUUACUCAUCGCCAGCCUCUGCCUCGACGUCUCGUCGAUAA